GCCCCACGCGGAACUCAGGCCUGGUUGAGCAGGAAGCCGAGGGCGUCCCUCGCUUUGCGUCGCUACCUCGGGAAGGAGCUCGGCGUUAAUUAGCCAGGCGUUAAUCAGCCAGGCGUUAAUCAGUGCACUCCCCCCUCCCCGCCGGCAGGGGGCCUGCGCGGCGCCCAGCGAGGCGAGCUUUGGUUGGCUGCGGGGGGCACGGGAGGCGGCGGCCGUUGGCAGUAAACAUGGAGGCGAUCUUCCACGAGCGGCAAGAAGGCUCAUUGUGUGCUCAGCACUGCCUGAAUAAUUUGCUACAAGGAGAGUAUUUUAGCCCUGUGGAGUUAUCUUCCAUUGCACAGCAGUUGGAUGAGGAAGAAAGAAUGAGAAUGGCAGAGGGAGGAGUGUCUAGUGAAGAAUAUCGAACAUUUUUACAGCAGCCUUCUGUAAAUAUGGAUGAUAGUGGAUUCUUCUCAAUCCAAGUCAUAAGCAAUGCCUUGAAAGUUUGGGGUUUAGAACUAAUCCUCUUCAACAGCCCAGAGUAUCAGAGGCUUGGGAUCGAUCCUAUAAAUGAAAAAUCAUUUAUUUGUAAUUAUAAGGAACACUGGUUUACAGUUCGAAAGUUAGGAAAACAGUGGUUUAACUUGAACUCUCUCUUGAUGGGUCCAGAACUAAUAUCAGAUACAUAUCUUGCACUUUUCUUGGCUCAAUUACAACAGGAAGGUUAUUCCAUAUUUGUAGUAAAAGGUGACCUGCCAGACUGUGAGGCUGAUCAGCUAUUGCAGAUGAUUCGGGUGCAGCAGGUGCAGAGACCAAAACUAAUUGGAGAAGAGACAGCACAGUCAAGAGACCAGAGACUAGCCAGAAGUGAUGUGGACCAAGCAAUAGAAGUUAACCACCCUUUUGAUGGAACAAGCGUGUUAGAUGAAGAUGAGGAGAAUUUUCAAAGAGCCUUGGCUCUAAGUAGGCAGGAAAUUGAUAUGGAAGAUGAAGAAGCUGAUCUUCGUAGAGCCAUUCAACUCAGCAUGCAAGGUUGUCGUCGAAGUGAGUGCUUGAACUCAUUAUCAACAAAUGUUCCUCAGUCACCACACACCAGUCAGACAGAUUCCCUUUCUUCAGAAGAACUGCGAAGGAGAAGACAAGCAUAUUUUGAAAAGCAGCAACAACAGCUGCCACAGCAAGAUCAGACCCUGAACCUACAAGAUAAGCCAGCUAUAAGCUCAAGCACUCUGGAAGCCGACCCAGGAGGUGAUAUGAGUGAAGAAGACAUGCUUCAAGCAGCCAUGAACAUGUCUCUGGAAUCUGUUAGAAACCACUUGAAUACUGAAGAGAAGAAAUGACAUCACAAUUUUCCCAUCCUCUACUGUCAAAACACUAAAUCUUCACUAUAAUAUUACUGUGUGGAUGUUGCACAAGCAGGGGUCAUUUCAGAGUUUUGGAAGCAGGAAUGAAAGGGGGCUGGAGCUCAGAAUUUAGAGGGAAGCUGCAAAUAUCAAAAAGUUUGCACUAGUUUAGGAAACGGUAGCACUCCUGCUACAGAAUACCUGUUCACAAGAGUAGCUCGUUAAAGUUACUUAAACUACUCCUGUGGCUGAAGGUAGAUAUGUAGCAGUUGUAACUUGCAUUUAAAAAGCAAAUUUGAAUUGUUUUGAAGAUUUAUCUAGAGAACAUGGGACAAAAAUGUUGUCAGCUGAUGUCCUUCAGUACUAAUACUAAAAUAGAUAAUAAAUUUGUGUUUGUAAAUUAGUAAUUUUAAGAAAACACUUGAGAUGGGAAAACAAAUUAUGUUAGAUAACUUGUCAUUCAGAAUGAGUCAUAAACUUGAUGUCAACUUUUUGGUCCUGCUGUCCACUUUUGAAAUGACCCAUUCUGCAGGAGAAACCUGAAUUCAUGAACUUCAUGCUUGGCAAUUAAACAGAAAAUCUCCAGUGUAUUGUAGAUUAUAAUGUUACUUCUGAAUGUUCAGUGACUUGUGACCUUCUAACACUUUGUGGUUUUCCUUUCACUUCCAGAUUACAGAUCCAUGUUUAAAGUAGGGUUUUUGCUUUGCCAUUUUGUCUUUUUGGCAGAUAAUAUUGCCAUUCCUUUUUUUUUCUUAAUUUGCUUAGGUAGUUUUUCUUAUGCUACUUCUGUUUGUGCCACUGUUUUUACCAUAAAAAUAUCGUAAUGGGUUAAACAGGUUUUCUCUUUUACCUCUCCUGGAGGUAUUCCUCUCUGAGCUCAACCCUUUCUUCUGGCCUUUCAGUAUAAAAGAGCUGUUAACUGAGUCUAGAAGAAAGGAAAUGGGGAAGAUUUGGGUGCCAUCAAACUAGUGCCACACAUCCAACAUGCGUUCCUGCAGUCUGAAGUGACCCCUGUGCAAGUAGCUCUUUUAAGAAUGAAUAUUUAUGUCUGUGUGGGUGUUCUUUCCAAAAUACUUCUCGAGUGUCUGUCAGAAUGUUGCAGCUUUUUCAGGAAUGGCCUUUAUUCAUGCACCUUAAAAUUUUUUAUCAUGCUGUUUCUGAUGCUGAGAAACUGGGGAGCAAAAGAUGGGGGAUAGUUUAUUCUAUUGGCUGUAACACAUCUGCUUUGAUACCCAGGAUGAGUGUGUAAUAGGGUGACCAAACUUGACUUUCAACUUAGUGUAACAAUUCAGAUAAGUUUUGUUUUCCUAAAUGGUGCUUGAAAUACAAAUUCUGUUUACAUAUAAAUUAUAUGGAAGUGUUGUAGGUACAGUAUCUAAGCUGUAUUCCACUUAAUGCAUUAACAGUUAGCACAGGCAUUUUAAAAAUAAUCUUUAGAAGAUAAACCCCAAAUUCUUUAUCAAAAUAUUCUGUUAGAUCAUUACACAAUAGCAACAAUUAAUGGUAAUAUAAAACGAAUGGUAGUUAGAUGGAAACUUACAUUCAGCAUCAAGUAGUACUGUACGUGAAAGGGCUCUUACCUCUCAGUAAAGUUUUGUUUACAGCAAUGGUUUCUUGAUAGGUUAGAAUAUUAUAUUAAACAUAAAUGGCCAGAAUUCUGGUUUCUGUAUGCUAAAUUUCCAGCAAUGUCACCAUAACCACUGGUAUGUGUAAGAUGAUGUGGAUUUUGACAUGAGACAGAAGUACUUUUUUAAAGUUGAUUUAAAAUUUUGCUUUUUAAAGAGUCCUGUCACGCACAUAAUCAAUCUUUGUAAUGUGUUAAAGUAAUACAGCCAAACAAUGGCUUUUAAAAUGUUACAUGUAUGCAAAUGCCAUUUUGAAAUGCUAUAUUUUUCAGAAUGUAGAUUUCUGAUUGAAACUGAUAUGAAACUGAAAACAGAAAAGGAGUCUGUGAAGCACUGAAUUAUUUCUUUGCUUGUUUGCAAAUUAUCCACAGCUUUACCUUUCCUUCCUUUGUUGUGCCAUAAACUGAUUCUGAAAUAAGACUCUCCAUUUAAUAAGUAGGUGUAGGCUGGCAAAGCUUGUUAAGAUGUACUUGAUACCAGUUCUUGGAACUUGAGCCUUUUAUCCUCUGUUGUAAGAAUAUCAUAAAUUUUUCUGUAGCUACAUGGUAUAGCAGUCAUAAUAAAUAAUAAUCUAGGCCCCUUGAAUUGUAUUAACUGUAACCUGUGUCAACUACAUGUUUUUGUAAUCACUAAAGCAUGGAGGUUUGGAUUUGAACUUUCAUGUUCCUUCACCCAAGUGUUCUAAUAUGUACGGAACAUAAAGUAACAGUGCCUGAAAAGCACAAAUGUGAGACAGAUUACAGGGCUAACCAUGUUCCUUUCUGUGGAGAAACGGCAUCACUGUACAAACACCAGUCUGACAUUCAGAGGAAUGUCAAGUUUAGUAAAGUAGGCAUAGCUGCCUAGUCAUGCAGUUCAGAGGUAACAAUUUAAGCUGUGUGUUAAUUGCACCAAAGGAAAAGACUAAUGCUAAUUCUUGACAGAGCAUGUUUUAUGACUCAGAUCUAAAGUUCAAGUUGUGUGGACCUGCCAAGAAGCUGUCAAUAAAAACAAAAAAUCUGAUCUCA